UAAUGAUGAGUACACAUAAUGUAUUCCAAACUUGUUUUAGACAUAUUGUCUCCCCACAUCUUCAUUGCUAAUCCACUUUUCACAUCUCCAUCAUUCACAUCACUAUUUACGACUUAACGCUCCAGAUCAUUCCACGUCUCCCCCUCUUUCCAUCCUCUUUACCACACCCAAUCCCUUUCCCCCCACUCCUUAUAUAUAUAUAUAUAUACACGCACUCACACAAAUGUUAUGUUAUGUGUAACGGACACUUCAUGCAAACCAAAUGACGAUGGAGUCUCGCCGGGAAAAUGGCUCCUCCGCUGAGAUUUUUUCCUUUCCGAGCACUCCAGUUCUGGAUCAGGAUUCCGAUUUCGAAUUUGGAUCCAUUACUCCUGAUUCUCCUUCUACUUUCAACAAUUCUCCCGCUGAUCAUUUGUUCGUUAAUGGCCGUCUCUUGCCUCACUCUUUUCCGCCACAGCCGAUUAGUGUUUACGCUGUUGAUCUUGCUUCUCGUCAGACCAGCAGAACGAGCAGUGUCGGGAGUAAGGACUCAUUCAUGUCGUCGCGAAGUAAUAGCACUAAUAGUAGGAGCAGUAGCAGUUGCGGCAGCAGUACUAGCGCGAGGACGAGUUCGAGCGAUAAUAGUAAUAAUAAUAAUAAUUUGGAGAUUAGAUCCUCGAGAUUCUCUUCGUAUCAGAAGAAAUCGCAGAAAUCGUCUGUUUCCGCUCAAGUGUACGGAUCGUGUCAGAGAUGGCAGUUCAUCGCAUCGGUGUCUGUACCGACGUCGCUGAGUCGGGAGAAUUCGAGAAGGAAGAAGUCUGUGGAGAAAAUUGGGGGAAAAUCGGAUUUGAGGAGGAAGAAGAGGCGGGCGGAGAAAACAUCGACGGCGAGGAAGAAAAAAAAGAAGAAGAAGAAGAAGAAUAUGUGGUUCGGAAGGAAGGUUUUCCGAUGGAUUAUACUGGUUUGUAAGGAAUGUCAUGCGAUCGAACCGUCGAGGAAGGAUGAGAUUGCGAGGAAGUCGAAAUUGACGACGAUGACGACGAAGCCGCAGAGUAAUUGAAUUUAAUUAUUAUUGAUUUAUAGUUUCUUCUGGAUUUUGCCUCUUGCUGAUGAUAUAUGAUCUGGUUUUUCAUCUAUCUCUUAAUUUCGGGAAUUUACUUUUCUUCAAUUGUUGGCGUUUUUUUUUUUUUUUUUUGUUGAUAUGAAUAUGAUCUCAAUGAUCUCUCCCUCUCUCUCUCUCUCUCUCUUUACAAUGUUGAGUAGCAGAGAAUUAAAGUUUGUUAAUAAUUUGUAAUGAUAUAUAUGAAUUGAAGAUGAUCUAUAUGAUGAGUUUUUAACAUGA